AUGGUGAGCAGUGAUAACAAUCAGAGUACUGCAGUGCUGUUUAUCCUCUUAGGAUUCUCUGAUUAUCCAGAGCUGGAGAUGCCACUCUUUCUAUUGUUCCUCACCAUCUAUGCAGUAGCUGUGGUAGGAAAUGUGGGCAUGAUUGUGAUCAUCAAGAUCAACCCCAAACUCCACACCCCCAUGUACUUUUUCCUCAAACACUUGUCCUUUGUGGAUUUCUGUUACUCCACUAUAGCUACACCACUACUACUAGAAAACUUAAUUGUAGAAGACAAAAGCAUUUCUGUCAAGGGUUGCAUCACACAGUUUUCCAUUGGUAUUACCUGUGUAAUGGCAGAGAUGGUCAUGUUGGCAGUAAUGGCCUAUGACCGAUUUGUUGCUAUAUGUAAGCCUUUGCUCUAUACAGUUUCCAUGUCCCCAAAACGGUGUGCCCUGCUAGUGACUGUGGCCUAUGCAUGGGGUAUAAUUUCUUCUAUUAUUCUUACCUACUCACUUCUUGUACUGUCAUUUUGUGAAACCAAAAUCAUUGAUAACUUUGUAUGUGAAUAUUCUGUCUUCCUCUCAGCUUCCUGCUCUGAUAAACACUUCAGUGAGAUAAUGCUUUUUAUCUUUCUAAAUCUCAGUUCAUUGUGCACCUUGAUCAUUAUCCUCACAUCCUAUCUUUUUAUUUUUAUCACUGUCCUCCAAAUGCAUUCAACUAGUGGGAGAUAUAAAGCUUUUUCCACUUGUGCUUCCCAUAUGACAGCUGUUACCAUCUUCUAUGGGACCAUUCUCUUUCUCUAUUGUAUUCCCAAUACUAAAAACUCAUGGCUUGUAGUGAAAGUAGGAUCAGUUUUUUAUAUUGUGGUGAUACCUAUGCUAAAUCCCUUAAUAUACAGUCUAAGGAACAAAGAUGUGAAGGAAACCUUCAGAAAAUUAAAAAAUCUCAAAAUCUUUUCUCAAUAA